AUGGCCACCACAUACACCACGUACACCAUGCCAUUCCCAACACCACGAACACCAUGCGCAAACGCCCAGUGCACAUCAGCAACUGCUGACGUGGCUCAGACGAGUGCGGAAGAUGGACAAGUGCGGAGGAUGGACGAGAGUGCAGAGGAUGGACGAGAGUGCAGAGGAUGGACGAGAGUGCAGAGGAUGGACGAGAGUGCAGAGGAUGGACGAGAGUGCAGAGGAUGGACGAGAGUGCAGAGGAUGGACGAGAGUGCAGAGGAUGGACGAGAGUGCAGAGGAUGGACGAGAGUGCAGAGGAUGGACGAGAGUGCAGAGGAUGGACGAGUGCAGGACAAGGGAAGAAGACGAGCAGGAGAUCAAAGGAGAGACACGAACAGGCAUGACAGUGGGAAAGAAAUACGGAAAAUCGGCACCAUCCUCGAGCAUCUCAGUCUAGAUGUCAACCCUUCCAUCGCUGCCUGUGUCUUUUCCAUCCUUGCGAAUGUUGUUCCAAGACAGGGGCCUGGACUAUGGUUGAAACGAAAUGCUGCGCAAUGCACAGGGAUUAGGAAGUACAUGAAUAGAGGGGUUGCCAAAUGCACGCACAUUGAAUCAGGCAAACUCAACCAGCUGCCAGUAGUUUGA